AUGUGGAGUUGUGAUGGUUUGAAGAGCCCGGGUCCGGAUGGUUAUUCUUUCCAUUUUAUUAAGAAGUGUUGGCCAUUCCUUAAAGAUGGUUUUGUUAAAUGCUUUGAGGAUUUCUAUAGCGGGGCUUAUCUUUCCAAAUCUAUUAUUUCAUCUUUUUUGACUUUGGUUCCUAAAGCUUCUAAUCCUUUAGGAUUGGAGGAAUAUAGACCAAUUUGUUUAGUUGGGUGCAUUUACAAAGUUAUCUCUAAACUUUUGGCUUGUAGGUUGAAGAAGGUGUUAAAUCCUAUUAUCUCUAAUCGUCAAAGCGCUUUUGUCCCGGGUAGACAACUUCUUGAUGGAGUUUUGGUGGCUAAUGAAGUGGUGGAUUUUGCUCAAAAGGAAGGUAAACAUUGUCUUCUUUUCAAAGUUGAUUUCGAAAAGGCUUAUGAUAAAGUUAAUUGGAACUUCCAUAGAUACAUGUUUAGAAGGAUGGGGUUUGGUUCUCUUUGGAUGCGGUGGAUGGAGGCUUUAGUGUUCUCAAGCGAUAUGUUGGUUUUGGUCAAUGGUAGUCCUACAAAGGAGUUUGCGGUAGAGAGGGGCUUAAGACAAGGAGAUCCUCUUUCUCCUUUUCUUUUUCUAAUUGUUGCGGAAGGUCUUAAGGGGGUGGAAGACAAAGAUUUUCUCUUUCUCGGUAUUCCUAUAGGAUCUAAUCCUAGGAGGAUUGCUUCGUGGAGUAGCCUUGUGUCCAAAAUAAAGAAAAGAUUAUCUUUGUGGAAGGAGAGAUUGCUUAGCUUUGGAGGUAGGAUUACUCUUCUCAAAUCCGUUUUGAGUAGCCUAGCCAUAAUCACUCUAUCUUUUUACAAAGCUCCAGUCAAAAUUAUUAAGGAAAUUACUAGGAUUCAAAGUAAUUUUCUUUGGGGUGGUGUGGAGGAGAAUAAAAAGGUGCAUUGGGUGUGUUGGAUGGAUUUAUGCCUUCCGAUAGAAAUAGGGGGGCUUGGAUUAAGGAGGAUGGUCAUACAAGGGGAAAAAGGUGGCAAUUAUAGGUAUUCUAAAUCGGUUUGGUGGAAGGAUAUCAUUUCUUUAAUAAAAGAGGAUUCUAGAGAUGUUUUUGUCAACAAAGCUUCUUUUGUAAUUGGUAAUGGUUUUACAACUUCUUUUUGGUCCGCCUCUUGGUUGCAUUAUGGUAGGUUGAGGGAUGUUUAUCCGUCUUUAUUCUCUUUGUCUCUUUUGAAGGAAGCUUCGGUGGGAAGUAUGGGUGGAUGGCAUUUGGGUGUGUGGGAAUGGGGUGAUUUCGGUAUUCCUAAUUCCAAUUCUAGUAUUGUUUUUGAAGAAAUGUAUUCUCUUCGGAAUCUUUUACAAUCGGUCUCUCCUUGUGUGGAAUCGAAGGAUAAGUAUAUGCCCCGAAUCUUCGUCCCAUUCUUUGUUCCUUUGCCACGUUUCCGGUUUGAUUUGGAAGGAAGUGGCGUGUUGGAUUGA